AUGGCUCAGAACGGAACCACAAACCACAAUGCUGCCGAGCCCGUCACGCCCAAGCUCAACUCACUAUCCUUGACCGAAUACGCCGCCAACCCCUCCCCACCCUCGCAAGACCCUCGCCAGAAGGCCAUUGACGCCGGUGUCCCCGAGAGCUUUCUUCUGCCCAAUGGCUACCCCGACUACCUUCGCUUGAUCCUCACCUCGCGCGUAUACGAUGUCAUUGAACAGACUCCCCUCACACAUGCCGUCAACCUCAGCAACCGCCUGGAAAGUCAGGUCUUCCUCAAGCGUGAGGAUCUCCUGCCAGUCUUCAGUUUCAAGCUGCGCGGUGCAUACAACAAGAUGGCCCAUCUGAGCCCACAAGAGAAGUGGAAGGGUGUCGUUGCUUGCUCGGCUGGCAACCACGCACAGGGUGUCGCAUACUCUGCGCGCAAGCUCAAGAUGCCUGCCACCAUCACAAUGCCCCUUGGAACACCCGCCAUCAAACACACAAACGUCUCGCGCCUCGGUGGUGCUGUCGUCCUGCAUGGAAACGACUUUGACGAGGCCAAAGCCGAGUGCGCCCGCAUUGCAGAGGCCCACGGCCUUACCAACAUCCCUCCCUUCGAUGACCCCUACGUCAUCGCUGGCCAAGGUACCAUUGGUAUGGAGAUUGUGCGCCAGGCCGAUCUGACCAAGCUCGAGGCCGUCUUCUGCUGUGUUGGUGGAGGUGGUCUCAUCGCCGGUAUCGGCACAUACAUCAAGAGAAUUGCUCCCCACGUCAAGAUCAUCGGCGUCGAGACAUACGAUGCCAAUGCCAUGGUCCAGUCUCUCAAGGCUGGUAAGCGCGUCACUCUGAAAGAGGUUGGUCUGUUUGCCGAUGGUGCUGCCGUCAAGACUGUCGGAGAGGAGACUUUCCGUUUGGCCAUGGAGGUCGUCGACGAUGUCAUCAUGGUCACCACCGACGAAACUUGCGCUGCUAUCAAGGAUGUCUUCAAUGACACUCGUUCUAUUCUCGAACCUGCCGGUGCGCUUGCUCUUGCCGGCCUGAAGAAGUACGUUGCUCAGAACCCUAGCUCGGACCCUAAGCGUCAAUUGGUCGCUACUGCUUCGGGUGCCAACAUGGACUUUGAUCGUCUGCGCUUCGUCGCCGAGCGUGCUGCCAUUGGUGAGAGAAAAGAGGCUCUGCUCAUGGUCACCAUUCCUGAGAGACCUGGUGCCUUUGCUGCCUUGGUCAAGGCCGUCCAGCCUAUGGGCGUCACAGAAUUCUGCUAUCGCUAUGCUUCAUCAUCGGCUGCCAACGUCCUCAUCGGUAUCAGCUUGAGUGCAAACACCCGUGAGCACGACCUCGCAGACCUGAUCCGUCGUCUGUCCAACGAAGGCGUGACCGCUGUUGACGUCUCGGAGAACGAGACUGCCAAGUCUCAUAUUCGUUAUCUUGUUGGAGGCCGUAGCACUGCCUUGAACGAGCGCGUCUUCGCCUUCGAGUUCCCCGAACGUCAGGGUGCCUUGGUCAAGUUCUUGACAACUCUGCAGCCAGGCUUCAACAUCUCUCUGUUCCACUACAGGAACCACGGCGGCGAUAUCGGUAAGGUCUUGGCCGGGAUUCAAUGCCCUCGAGGCGAGGAAGAGAAGCUCAACACCUUCUUGACUGACCUGGGCUAUGGCUACGUCGAAGAGACUAACAACCCAGUCUUCAAGAUGUUCAUGACUGAUGACUGA